GAGGUUGAACAUCAGUGAUCAGUUCUGCUUGCACCUGCGACUGAACUGCACUGAGAGAGAGAGACACCUGCACUGAGAGAGAGACAGAGAGACAGACUGAGAGAGAGACAGAGAGAGAGACAGAGAGACAGACUGAGAGAGAGACAGAGAGAGAGACAGACUGAGAGAGAGACAGAGAGAGAGAGAGACCGAAAGUUUAACCAUCUACUCCACUUAUUCCAGAGAUCUGGAGAGAGAGAUGGAGGAGCUAAUGAGCGAGAGCGAGGUCCAGCAGACCAUUGUACUGAUCCAGAAGAUAGAGAGUGAAAAAAGAGACCGAAUCCUGCAGGCCUGGACUGUAGCCAGUAAAGAAUGGAUGGAGGAGAAAAAGAAGAUGAAGCUGGAGAUCGAACUGCUGAAGCAGGAAGCAGACAGGCUGAGGAUGAUGAAGAAGAAGGAUGGAGAGAUAAAGGACCUCAAGGAAAUGAGGAAACUCCACCAAUCAGAGAUGGAUCUGCUUCAAAAGAAAGAGAAAGACAGGAGAGACAGAAUCCUGAAGGCCUGGACUGAUGAGAGUAACAAAUGGGACUCGGAGAAAAGAAAGAUGAGGCAGGAGAUCGCCCAGCUGAAGGAAGGAGAGAAGCUGAGAGCGAUGAAGAGGAAGGAUGAAGAGCAGGUGGGAGAGAUGAAGGAGCUGGAGAAAAUGAGAAAGCUCCACCAGAAAGAGAUAGAACUGCUCCGAAAGAAAGAUAACGAAAGAAGAGACAGAGUCCGAGAGUCAUGGCUGAAACUCAGUGCUGAAUGGAAGGAGGAGAAACAGCAGAUGAAGCUGGAGGAGGAAAAAAGAGAACGUCUCCUGGAGUCCUGCAUGAAGGAGAAGGACGAAUGGAAGGAGAAGAUGGAGACGAUGAUGAAAGAAAGAGAGAAGGAGAGGAAGGAGAUGGAAAAGAUGAGGAAUGAGACGGAAGUCGAGGUGAUAAAGGAGGAAGAGGAGAAGGAGGAGAGAGAGAAGGAGGAACUGGUGCUGAAAGUGAAAGCACUGUCUCUUGGAGAGGAGGACAACAGGUGGCAAAAGACCAACCUGAAGUCGAGGAGAAGAAGAAGAGCAGUCCGUUCCACCUAUUAGUCUUUUCCCAUUUUCACUUUCUCUACAUCUAUCCCUUAAUCUUUUAAAUAAAUCAGUUUUUUUAUUCAAACUGAA